CAGAACUGCUUCCCAAAUCUCCAUUGAAAAGUGUUAAGAGCGUAGACUUGGACUAUUUUAAGGGGUUUAAUAUUUUAACUGUGUGCUGUAAAGGGUGUUGGUGAUGGUGGACAUAGUCGCCGACCUGAGCACUCUGUGUUUUGAGAGCGGGCUCGCUGACGAUGAAAAGAAGUUACUUUACCUCCGGGCGCGCUCGGCUGGACUGACAUUUUGCGGGUGCGCGCACGCAGCUUUCGUGUGUGAGCUCAUUGACUCGCUAAGAUGUGUCAUCAAAAGGCACACAGCGAAAAUCAGAAAGCCAGUGGCACCAGGAGAGGACUACGACCUCCGCGUGGGUAUACUUGGGAUGGGCCAUCUGGGAAAACAGCUGUGCCUAGCACUUCUUGAAAAGACCAAAAUCAAACCCUCACAUAUUAAGAUCUCCACUAGGAGACCAGAGUUAGCAGUGGAAUUUGUCCAUACAGAAGUUGAAUGUUUCUUUGACAAUCGCAGACUGGCAGCAUGGGCGGAUGUUCUUUUCCUUUGCUGUCUGCCCUCUCAAAUCCCAAAAGUCUGCGUUGAUCUCCGCUCUUAUCUGGCAAAACACUGCCUUGUGUACAGUUUCACCUCUGCCAUUCCCGUCACCAGAUUAGCUAAGCUUCUUGGACACGACUACAUCCUGAAGCCGAAGUAUGACGUUGUCUCUUGUGACACUGUGGAUGUUUGGCUGUCCUGCAGUCAUGUGGCCUCAGCUAUAGCAGAUCCUUUGCUGAUAGAAGCAUCGUGUCCUCUCACAAUGAAAGGAGGUAUUUCUCUGGGUCUGAACUGGGUGUGUGCGGUGCUGUAUAUCUUGUUGAAUAUCUGCACCUCUGCCAGUCUGGGAUCCAGUGAGGCUCUCCUCUUAAUUAAAUCAAUGUUUAAAGAAAAAUGUGGAGACACUGUGCAAUUAAAUGCACACAGUUUCAUCAAUUCAUCCUAUGCAUCUUCUCUUCUCUCAGAUGAGCCUUUUCCCUGGAUUUCACUUAUGGAUGCCCAGAUCAGAGAGACCCCGCUGCUGCGCUUUCUAUCAAGCAGUAAAUCUGUGCAACAGUGCCUCUCUGCAGCUUAUAAAUCCCAGAUGGAGACACCAGCAAAGUGACACACUGAUCAGCCACAGCAUUAAAAUCACUAAUACGUGAACUCUGCUGGGGGAACCAUGUCUCAUUUUGAAAGCAUACAUGACAAUACGAAAAAUUAAAAAGUAAAUAAAAGUCUGUUUAGCUUUUUGUGACCUGUCUUAAAUAAUGAGGCUGGUCAGUGUGCUUCCAAUUCAAAAUUUGUAUUACUGUGUUACAUUUUCAAUUUUGAAAAUAAGUUCAUAACAUGAAGGACUCACUAAAGUUUGUGAACUGUAGAUAUAGGUUUACUUCAGAUACUUUUAUGCAGUACAGUUACAGUGCUGUGCAAAAGUCUCAAGCUUUUUUUUUUCUCUUUCUCUAUUAAGCCACUCAACACUGACCUAUGAAACAUUAAAGCAUCAAAAAAUGCACUCAUGGAUGAACAAGUGUUGUCUCUAUACAGCACAGGCGACUUGGGAAAGAACCAAUUUUAAGUUGUAUCUGUAGCUACUUUGGUGAUGGCAGCCUCUUGCAAAAAACCUGGACCUUCAUCUACUGUUCACUGCAGCCUUGUCAGUAAAGAUCUCAGUGGAAAGACUUCUGUCAAGAAGCCAAUCUUAAAUAAAGAAAAUGGGGAGAAA